GACCCCAGUGCCCCUUCUCAUCCGUCUUCCAUCUUUCCCAUACCGCCCUUCUCCUUUCGGACGCUGGGUCUGGAAACCCCAUCGCCAUUUUCGCUACACCUCAAUGGCAACCCAAACUCACUUUGAACCUCAACCUACCAACGACCUUAACAGUCUCGAUAACUACCCACUGCCGCUGUCUCCGCCGCUUCCGUUAGUGUCCAAGGACGUAGAGCUGAACAGGGCCUUGACGGCGUCGUCGAGAUCGGCUUUGUUUUCUCUCUCUCACAACGAUGUCAUCUUCGAAGACGACUGGCUCAUCGCCGUCAACAAGCCUCAAGGAAUCUAUUGCGAAAGUGUAUUGUCUGCUGUCCCCAAUCUUCUCGCCGAUACGAACAACGAACACGGGACCAAAGUUCCAGAACUGCAUCUAGCUAAUAGACUUGAUCGCGACACAAGUGGUGUAAUGGUAAUCACCAAAUCACACAAAGUAGCUGCUAAGCUUGUUAAAGCUUUUACAGAGCAUAAGGUUAGGAAAACAUAUCUUGCUUUGUGUGUUGGACCAGCACCAAAAUGGGGACAAAUCAUUGUGAGAUCAGGACAUGGCCGGUCAAAACAUGGAGCCUGGCGUGUUUAUGCUGCAUCAGAUGUGGGUCGGACACUGCCAGGUGGAUCAGUUGUUAAAGACAUGCAGACUUCUUUCCAAGCGCUAUCUAUUAAUGGAUUUGGAUGCUUGGAGGCAAUAUCUGAAUCUGGAAAAGAGGGAGGAGGAGAUUUACUAAUUGUUGAAGAGAAAUCUCCAGUUGACUUUGAUAUGAAGAAAGAUGAGAUUUUGAUUAGGGCAUGCCCUCAGAGUGGAAGAACCCAUCAAAUUCGCCUGCACUGCCAGUACCUUGGAAUUCCUAUUAGAGGAGACAUAAAAUAUGAGGGGGUGUAUGAGUGGAAGGGUAAAACAUAUGAUGGCCAUGAACUCCAUGCGGAAACUUUAUCAUUCACACAUCCUGUUUCUGGCCAAUCUAUUCUGCUUCAGGCACCUCUGCCAUUAUGGGCAAACCAAGCCUUGGGACUACAACGAUAGUUACUGGUUUUUGCUGUCAAUCAGAAAGCAGUGCAUCAUCUGAAGGUCCAUGAGUCCAUCUACAGAAUGGUAAGUUGCAAGGAGUGUUUGAAACGCGGUGGACCAUGAAAAGCUUGUUUAUCAUUCAUAACCCAUAUAUUUAUCUGGUAUGUUGUAUGAUGAAAACUAACAUGGGUGCACCAAGAGUGGAGAUGAUUUCCCUCGAGUGCCAAGAGGGGCUCAUUAUGGUGUCACAAUGAAUGAAUGCUCAAUGUGACUCUCAAGUCUCAAGCCCAUCCGGGGAUGAAAAUUGGAAUAUUAUUUUGUCUCCUACUUUAUUUUCUUUCCCCUCAUUUUCCACCCAUCUAAAAACACUAGAAAGAAAUUUUGACUUUUUUGACCACUAUUAGCUGUUUUUUAUUAUUAUUAGUAUUGGGAGGAGGAAACCCAGAAGAGAUACAUGUUACAACUAGUUUGAUUUACAUAUGUAACGCCAUGAGGGGCAUCCAGAACUAUCUCUGUCUAAUAUGCUUAUUAAAUCAUCUGGAGGCUUAGUGAAUAGGUACCACCCUUUCAUAGUAUUUGGCUAUUCCUGCAAGAUAGUCUGCAGCUGAGUUUACUUCACGGGGUACUGCUCUUAUGCUACACUAUUAGCUGUUUGAUUUGGUUAAAAAAUCAA